CCAUGUUGAAGAGUCUGUCAAGCAAACUGCAGCCCGCCAUUGUGUAGAAACCAGGCUCUGUAGGGAGAUAGGGGCGCUUGGCUGGAACUCUUCAAUAGGUAGUCCAAUUUCGCACCCUGCCACUUUUAUUUAGAAGCAAAUACAGUUAUAUAGGCCACAGGGGGAAAGACAUGUCAGCCAGCAGCCUUCUCGAACAGAGACCGAAAGGCCAAGCUAAUAAAGUGCAAAACGGAGCUGUAACACAAAAGGAUACUUUGAAUGACGAUGAGUUUGAGCCUUACCUGAAUACUCAGGCCAGACAGAGCAAUGCCUAUACGGCCAUGUCGGACUCCUACAUGCCCAGCUACUACAGCCCCUCCAUAGGAUUUUCCUACUCCCUGAAUGAGGCAGCAUGGUCCUCAGGUGGGGACCCUCCUAUGCCGUACCUGGCCUCCUAUGGACAGCUGAGCAAUGGGGAGCCCCACUACCUCCCGGACGCUAUGUUUGGCCAACCAGGCCCCCUGGGGAGCAAUCCUUUCCUGGGCCAGCACGGCUUCAACUUCUUCCCCAGUGGUAUCGACUUCUCGGCUUGGGGCAAUAACAGCUCUCAGGGACAGUCGGGGACACCGCAGAGCUCUGGCUACAGCAGCAGCUAUGCCUAUGCUCCUAGUUCCCUUGGAGGUGCCAUGAUCGAUGGACAGUCCCCAUUUGCACCUGCUGCCAAUGAGCCGCUCAACAAGGCGCCUGGUAUGAACAGCCUUGACCAGGGUAUGGCAGGGCUUAAGAUCAGCAGUGCUGCACCUGGUGGUAACGGGGACAUGGCUCCUAAAGUUGUUGGCUCUGGUUUGCCAGGUGGGGGUCCGCUCGGCCCUGUAUCAUCUGUAGGACCUCCUAGCAUGCCUCCUGUCUCAAUUGCCCCUGCCAAGCCUGCUUCCUGGGCCGACAUUGCCAGCAAGCCGGCCAAGCCUCAACCCAAGCUGAAAACCAAGGGUGGUAUGGCUGGUGCCAAUUUGCCUCCUCCACCCAUUAAACACAAUAUGGACAUUGGCACUUGGGACAACAAGGGUACCAUGCCUAAAGCCGCCACCCCUCAGCAGGUGCCCCCUAUUCCCAGCAAUGGGCAGCCACCCAGUCAGGCUUCUCCACAGCCCGGAGCUACGGCUGCAGGACAUCCACAAAUGCCCCUCAGCAAUGGACAACUGGUAACGCCUGUUUCUCAGAUGGGGCAGCAUCAGCUUCCACCCGGUGGGCAGCCAGGUAUGGUUUCAGUGCCCCAGCCUCCGCUCUCCCAGGGUCCCCCUCCUCCAACUCAACAGCAACCCUCUCAACCUACUCGUUGGGUUCCUCCACGGAACAGGGCCAAUGGUUUUGGGGAUGCUGGUGGGAGUGGUACAGGCCAGUCACCUCCCUCUUCUUCUGGUGUGGGUGUUGUUCCUGGGGUUCCCUCUGAGCCUCACCCUGUCCUAGAGAAAUUGCGUAUGGUCAACAAUUAUAACCCCAAGGACUUUGACUGGAAUCCCAAGCAGGGCAGGGUGUUUAUCAUCAAGAGCUACUCAGAGGAUGACAUCCACCGCUCCAUCAAGUAUAACAUCUGGUGCAGCACGGAGCACGGCAACAAGAGGCUUGAUGCAGCCUACCGUUCAUUGGGUGGCAAAGGGCCUCUCUAUCUCCUUUUCAGUGUCAAUGGGAGUGGUCACUUCUGUGGUGUCGCAGAGAUGCGUUCACCCGUGGACUACAACACGUCUGCUGGCGUGUGGUCACAGGACAAGUGGAAGGGUCGUUUUGAUGUGCGCUGGAUCUUUGUUAAGGACGUUCCCAACAGUCAGCUGAGGCACAUUCGACUGGAGAACAACGAAAACAAGCCAGUGACCAACUCUCGGGACACACAGGAGGUACCACUGGAUAAGGCCAGACAGGUGCUAAAGAUCAUCGCUGGAUUUAAACACACCACUUCCAUCUUCGAUGACUUUUCUCACUACGAGAAGCGUCAAGAGGAGGAAGAGUGUGUGAAAAAGGUGGAGGUCCAAGGCAACGAGCCAUAUCCCAGCAACCCAAGCAACAGGACUCAUUACAGGCUUCAGGAGCGUCAAGGACGAGUCAAGUAACAGUUGGUGCUUUGGUCAAAAGACUGCAAUGGCCCCCCCAAAGCCCUGUCCACCCCAUUACAUCAAUACAUUCAGAUCUAUUAAGAAAUUCUAAUAGGGGUGAAGAAUUAACCAAGGACAAAAAAAACUAAAUGAAGACUUUCUUGAUUUCUUUUGACUUUGAAGACUUGGAACUUGUAGUAAAAACAAAUGGAAACGAUUAUUCAUAGGACUACAACUAAAUGCAUAGCAUCCUUAGGUGAAAUCUUUUUUUUGCCCCACCCCAUUCCACUACAUAUCCUUUUCCUCCCCUGUAUGCUGCUUUUUUCCUUUUAUAAAUGAAAGGAUCCUCUGUUUUUAUGGUCCAAGAUAAAGUCUGAAAUUCUCUCUCAAACACGCAUAUCCAACAGAAAUUUGUAAGUGUUGGCUUAUAAUAGUAUCCCAUAGUCAAGAAUGGGCAGUUUGUCUCAGUUUCCUUUUCUUUCUUUCUUUUUUUUUUUAAAAAAAACCCCCUCCUUCGUCCCCUUGUCUUCUGAGGAUGCUCAAUACUCAACCAGGACCCAGUGGAGUUUUCUCUCAGUGGAUUUUCAUCGUAGGCGGGUGUCAACUAACUACACUCACUCCAAAAUCUGAUGCACACAUGCUGGCCAUGUUUUUGGUUGAGAGGACUGCAGAUGUUUAAAAAUGCCCCUCUGUUUUGUUUUUGCAUGUGUUGGGCAGAGUGUGUGGGGAAGGUAGGAUCUGGAGAGGAAGAGAAGGGGGCGCGAGAGUUUGGAAGCAGAAGAAAUGUUGAGUUGAUGAGUCUGGCUCUGUGUAUAAUUUAAAUCUAUCUUUAAAAAAAACGCAGCCCCUCUGUUAACAGUCUUCAUUGGACUUAUUUUACCCUCUUUUUCUUUCUCUUGGACAAGUUAAUUCGUCGUUGCUAUGGGCUGCUUUUUUUUUUCCUCUCGUUUCUCCGUUUUCUAAAGACAGUGAUGUGAGUGGCCUUGCCCCCACUCUUUCUAUUAAUCAGUUCAAAAGUAAUAAAUGUGGUAUAUUCAGCAGAACCAGUGUGCAUUCCCCUUGUUUGACCAUAAAAGCAAUGUUGUCAUGCA